CUUUGGCGCGCCGCUUUGAAAGAAUUAACUCAUGAAAAAAGACGAUCAAAAGUACUGAUCAGCUUUUAAAUCCCGAUGUGAAGAGAUCAAUAAGGAGGUUUGUUAUAGCACUACAUUUUUGCGCGCGGGCGUAGUGUUUAUCAGUCAUUAGAUGCGCGUAAAUUUGUGGUGAACUCCUGUAGUGAUCCUGCUGAAAGUGGACAGGAUGACGUCCACAAAAGAGAUCAAACAACUGCAGAAGGCCAAGAGUAAAGCCCAAAGCAGCAAUAACCUGAAAGAAGAAGCCAGUUUGUGCAAUCAACUGGGGGAGGUUUACGCUAAAACAGGUGACUAUCGAGCUGCUAUCGAAGAGCAUCGGCAGGAAUUAGCGCUGUCUGAGAUUUUGCACGAUGUGAUUGGAUCUGCUGUGGCAAACAGAAAGAUUGGAGAGUGCUAUGCAGAACUGGGAAACAUCGAAGCUGCUCUGAAGCACCAGAGGCUUCAUCUGAAUCUAGCUCGAUCAGUCCAUGAUGCAGCAGAAGAACAGAGGGCUCUGGCCACUAUUGGACGAACAUACCUGUUUCUGUUUGAUUCCGACCAAUCAGCGAACAGUUUGAAACAUGCUGAAGAUGCAUUCAAGAAGAGUCUGGCAAUCGUAGAUGAACGCCUUGAAGGUACUGUCUCCCCUCGAGAGAUCAGUGAAAUGAAGGCUCGUCUGCUGCUCAAUCUGGGCUGUGUGUAUGAUGGCAUGAAGGAGCCGCAGCGCUGCAGUGAACUCAUACGACAGAGCAUCUACAUCUCAGAGAAGAACAACCUUUUAGAAGAUCUGUAUCGCGCCAACUUCAACCUGGGCAGCAUUCACUUUCGAAAUGGGCAACAUUCGCGUGCCAUGCGCUGUUUCGAGCAGUCCAAAGAAUGUGCUCGUAAAAUGAAGGACAAGUUCAGUGAGAGCGAAUGCUUCCAUAGCAUCGGCAAGAUUUUGCUUCAUCUUGGUGACUUUGCUGCCGCACGGCGUUCUCUGAAGAAAGCUUUCUGUCUGGGCUCCCAGCAGCCUUCUGAUCGCGAGGCUGUCAAGAAAGAUUUCAGACACGCCAUCAGAGGAUGUCAGCUGGAGCAGACAGCAGCAGAAGUCACCCAGAAGUUUUCCCAUGAAGCUUUGGAUCUGUCGGAGCAGUUGGGAGAUCUGUACUGUAAAGUGGGCUGCUAUAGCAAAGCUCUGGAAGCGUAUCAGACUCAACUGGCGUGUGCAGAAGCUUUAGCGAAACCUGCUCGUGAGUUAGCCGUCAUUCACGUGUCUCUGGCGGCCACUUACACAGACUUGCGACAGCAUCACAAGGCCGUGGAGCAUUACAGACAAGAAUUACAGCUGAGGAAGGGAAACCCUAAAGAGGAGUGUGAGACGUGGUUGAACAUGGCUGCUUGUCAGGAGGAGAUGUGCCAGUCUAUGGAGACCCUCGAUCACUGUUUUACUUCUGCUCUGAAAUGUGCUGAGAAAUCAGGACUAAACAAGUUACAGAGGCGUGUGUUGAGAGUGUGGCUUCAGGCCCAGAGGCGCUGCGGAUCCUCCCAGUGUGAUGACAUUGAGGCCCGGCUGAUGGAGCUCUGUGAGCGGGAUGGACUGACACUGGACCACAGUGAAGAUGAGGAUGAGGAAGAGGAGGUGCAUAACAGUGAACCACUGGAGGACAGUGACAUCCAGUACUCUGAGUCUGAUGAUGAGGAUCUAGAAGGUUAUGAUAAGAUGGUCACGGGCAAGAGGAAGACACAGAGGUGGAACAGACGGAAUGAGAAGGGGGAGACUGUCCUCCACAGGGCCUGUAUUGAGGGAAACCUGAAGCAGGUUCAGUACCUCAUUGAACAGGGUCACCCGGUUAAUGUGAGGGAUUACUGCGGUUGGACUCCUCUACAUGAAUCCUGCAACUAUGGUCAUCAAGAGAUCGUAGCAUUGCUGCUGGACCGCGGAGCUAAUGUAAAUGACCCUGGGGGUCGAGAUUGUGGAGGAAUCACACCUCUGCAUGACACGCUAAACUGUGGACACUUUAGUGUUGCACGCUUGCUGGUGCUGAGAGGAGCGUCAGUCACUGUUCGCAAUAGCAAGGGUCACACUCCUCUGGACACUCUCCGUCAGUGGUUUAAGACUUACAGUGGACAGUUGGAUCCAGAGACCACGCAGGAGUGUUUGGAGACUGAGAAGCUCAUCAAGAGAGCUCUGUCCGGAGACGUCUCAGUUGUGUGUGCGGCUCCACGGCAGCAGAAGGAGCUUCAGGACAGUCAGCUGUUUGAUGCGGAGUAUUCAGAGCCCCUGCUGCGAGAGUCACCGCCAUCACCUCCACCAAUCACACGUCCCACCGCAACGGUCCCAACUCCUAAAGACUCGGCUCCCAAACGAAAAAGCACAUCUGCUUCAGCCCGUCGGCCACGGGGAAUGGAAGUAGACGUUCUGUAUGGGUGUCUGGAGGAGUUGAACCUCAGCAUGAAUCCUCUGGGUGAUGGUUGGACACAAGCACUAGCCAGUCUGUUAUCCGCUUGUCCUCUUCUGUCCUCUCUGUCCCUGCAAGCCUGUGGUCUUUCCGCACGUUUCCUCCAGCAACACCGUCUCCUGUUAGCCAACGCCAUGGCCAGCACUGGGAAUAUGCGGUCGGUGGGCCUCUCCCAUAACGCACUGGGGUCUACUGGUUUUGAGCUUGUGUUGAAGACGUUACCAAUGCAUUGUCUCACGCAUCUGGACAUUUCUGCAGUAUGUAGAGGUCCAUCUGACCAGCCUUCCAUGGAGAUCCUUACUAAACUCCUUACACAGGGUGAUUGUCCACUCACACACUUAAAUCUAUCUGGAAAUGGACUUACAGACCACAGCGUCCUCCUGCUUGCUAGGUGUCUUCCUGUCUGUCCUUCCCUGGUAUCUUUGGAUCUAUCAGCCAACCCUUCAGUGACCUCGACUGGCCUUCACAGUCUCCUCAACGGUCUCAUGGAGGCUCAAAGGCCUCUGGGUUAUCUCAAUCUUCAAGGCUGUCAGGUGUCAGGACCGCUGGCUGAUGAUUGUCUGGACAGCCUGUCUGAUCACAUCCGAGACCUGCGUUUGUGCUCUCAGAGUCUCAAUAAGCUGGACCAGGAUGCAUUGCAGCAGAGCUGGAAACGAAGAACAGAAGCUGUGCACAUUUUCUCUCGCAACUCCAAAUGCAUGCUGAGUAUCAGUUCACCCUCGCACUAAAUUAUUUUUGGCUGUCGCAUUUGUCUUAAUGCAACCCGUCGGUGCUAGUAUUAUGUUGUGAUUUAAAUUGUGUAAUAAUUGAUAAACGUUUGAACACAUUUAUCUGUAAAUAUGAGUGAUUGUGUCACUUAUUUGUAUAUACACGUAUGUUUGUUUAUACUCAUAACUCAUUUUAUUUGAUUCAGUGUUUACUUUCUUGGUGCAUAUUUGGCUAAAUUCCAGAAAUUAUGAGUUGAGUUUGAAAUGGGUGUGAGAUAUCGAUGCAUGUGUGG